GUUAGCUGUGCCGCAGCUGGGAAGGCUAAGGGAACUCAUGAUAAGAGAGGCACGUCUCCUCGACACGCUAUCUCACGACUAUGUGGUCCCGCUAGAGCAAGGGUGGCUGGAAGAGCGAGCAGGCUUGGAACAGUUUCAUGUUCAUACGAGAAGCAUGAGGAAGAGCCAGGUUGAGGGGGCCAACUACGCUUCGGUGUCGGCAGCGCAAGACGCAAUCGGCAUAGAACGCGUUGCGCACAGCACGCGUCAACAUCGAUGCUUGGGGAAUGCUGCUACCACUGCUGUGCUGGACGAAUGCUCCCUGCGGCAACCACAUUCAAGGGACGCUGCCAUAGCAACAACAGCAUCAGCAGCGCAGGGUUCGAUGGCCUGUUGUGGUUGCUUUCGAACGGAAGCUGGUUUUCCUCCGUAUUACGCAAAGAGAGACAGGUAUUCAGGAGACGAGGAGCAUGCUGCUGCCUUCCUACUACAUUCGCGGGUUCCGCUCACACUAGACGACAUCGAUUGCGAGGAUGGUGGAAUGGGCGAAAUGUCUCACAGCAACAAGAGCAUCGACGACGCAAGUACAGCGCCCCCGCAGCAUGGAGGGUUGGAACAGCUUCGGUGGGGAGGGGACGGCACGACUGGCUGGAAAGGAACCGCCGAACCAAAACCAUCUACCGACGAGACUACUUCUUGCACUGGUUGCACCUCAUCGCCAUUGCCAACGGCUCAGCCACGGCCGAUAUCCCUCAACUCUGCCGCUGCGGCUUCAGAAGGGCAAGACGGCGCAACGACAACAAGGGCUGUGACAGCCCCUCAUGAUUGGGCGCUCGUUUGGCGACAUCUGAUGUCGAUGUUCAAGGGGGUACUGCGCGGUGUGGAGCACCUCCAUACGAAGGGGCUCGUGCACAAUAACAUCCAUCCUUGCAGCCUGUGGGUAGCUGCAGAUGGACGUUGUUGCGUGGGGAACCUGAGUCAGGUCACACCCCCUGGCUGUCGCAAAGGCGCACCAGAGCAUCACCAUUUUGCCAGCCCCGAACGUCGCCGGGGAGAUGUCGUGGACUCGCAUUCGGAUGUGUACGCGCUUGGAGUAUUGAUGCUCGAGUUUUGGCGCCACUACAUUCUCUCCAGGGGUCUUAGCGAGGUUUGUUUAACGGGGGAAGGUGGGCUCGUGGAAAGGGUAAAGUCCGGCGAAGAAAAAACACCGCACCCAGAGGAAGGGGCAGGUUUGCUGGAUUGUACUCUCGUGGGAAGCAUGCUGGCGGAAGACCCAUUUGAAAGGCCGGACUGCUUCGAGAUAGAAGACAGGCUAGGCGGGAGUUAGGUCAGCAGGGGAUGGCAUGCGUUGUCGGACGCGUAGAUAUCUGUACCAGAGAGAACUGUAUGGUUGGAACGGUUGAGAACUCUGCCGUUAGGCCACCAUUCCUCCGGGGGCCUCGGCAGGAGAUGGGUUUGUAGGGGGAAAAUAUCUUUGGAGGGUGCGCUCUCGCCUACCAAAUCUCGAAGAAAUGUUAUUUUCCGAGGUAUCUUCGAAGAAGUCGGUUUCGGAUGAAUAUGCCAGAACUUGACGACUCCGGAAAUUCGAGCAGGAGUGCUACCUUUUGCGAGCUGAACCAAUCACACCUGUGGAGAUGUUUCGGAUGUGACGUGG